UUGGUUACUUUCUGGAAACGGAAAUUUAAGUCGGUCUUCAAGUAAGCAACUUCUUACUAGUGAAUUAAAGAGGUAUUUUAGUUUUGGUUUUGUUAUUUAAUUUAAUAAAAUAAUCAAUUCUAUUUGAUUAAUUAAUUUAGUGCAGAAUGGAAAAGAAAGUCGCAGAGAAACCAACCAAACCAACCAAACCAGCAAGUACUGUUGCGGUUAAACGUAAACGGAUUGCAGCCAAGCCAGGUCGAUUGUAUUCAAAGGCCAUCUUCUUAGGAUACAAGAGAAGCUUAAGAAAUCAGACCGAACACACUGCCUUGUUGAAAAUUGACGGUGUUACCAAACGAAUUGACUCUAGAUUCUACGUUGGAAAGAAGUGCUGCUUCAUGUAUCAAGCAAAGAAUAAGACAACCGUUCCUUUGAGGAAAGGAAAAUAUUCAAAGGUUAGAGUUAUCUGGGGUAAAGUCACUCGAGAGCAUGGUAACUCAGGAGUUGUUCGUGCUAAAUUCCAGAAAAAUUUACCUGCUAAAGCAAUGGGAAGACGAGUAAGAAUCAUGCUUUGGCCAAGUUUAAUUUAGAUUUCACUAUUUCACUUGAAUUAAAUCUCUUGUUUAAUUUAAACUA